AUGGCUUUCAAACACGGGCUCAGCGAACGCCUCGACGAGCUGCGAUUCCCAUCUCCUCGCUCUCCGCCUUCGGAGUCGACCUUCCCGGGGUAUAGCUCCUUGUCGCCCGGUCAUUCGAAUUUUGUAUCUGGGUUUUCUCGACCUGCCAGCGAUGUCCGCGUCAAUCUACAACGCAGAUUCACCACAGAUUCUAGCAAAUUUUCCUCAUGGAAUAAUCUCAACCAGGUACCUGCCCAGGCACCUGCCCAGGCACCUGAUCCCCUCGACUUGUUAUCUUCGCAUAUCGAGUAUAUGCGUGAGCAGAAAAGGCGUUUCGAAGAAGACAUGAAAUUGUUGGACAUUCAACACGAAAAAGAACGUAUCGAAAUGGAUCAAAUUGCUCGUUCUCUUGAAAAGGUUGGUUUUUCUGGCCCCGCCAGCGAGCCAACAACUCCUCCCGAGUACCGAGAGCCUGCAACAGUCUCCAGCACCAGCGCCGUAUCUCGCCCCGGCCGCUUCUCGACUUCGAGCGUUACCUCAUCGCCUGGUUUUUUCAACGCCUUCGCUCCAUCUUCUACCCUUACUUCUCCCCAAGCUCCUUCGCAGCCAAAUCACGCGCAUGCGCAGUCUAUUGAUCGAUUCUCUGGUCACUCCCUUCCGGGUUCGCGACGAAAUUCAGAGAAGGAAGAAUUCCUCAUGGAGCCAUCUACAAAGAAUGGGUCCCUCCGCCCUAACCAAUCGCUCCACCGCUAUUCUUUGCCUGCAUCUAACUACAAUGGUCACCAUCGUCCCAACCUGUCGGGCUACAAUGUUGGAGCAGGUUUGGAUUCGUUUGCGGCGGCAAAAAACCUCUUCCACGGCGACGACAAGUCAAUGCUGAUGAAGGAUGAAGAUCGCAUGUCGACUCCUGACAUCAAAAGUUACAUUAGAAUGACGGAGCCGGAUGACAAGUUCCCAACUCUUCGUCGGGGUGGAUCUAACAUUCUGUCUGCCAACCCAGAUGCGCUUGACUUGGCGAAUGCGCGUACCCCAGGCCCCGAGAGCUAUCGAUCCCAUGAUCGCUAUGGUUCCUCGCACCAGAGCAUGCCUCAGAAUUAUACGGGUUUGAUGCGCAUGGAUCAGCUGGGAGGACAGACAAACGAGCGCAAUUUGUCUCACUCACAUCACCACCCUCGCCGCUCUCUGGAGAGUGGAUUCAUUUUCCAGCAGAACGAACGCCCUGCUGAAUCCAUGACACCGGUGCCAGCAAGCAGCCGGCCAUCUUCACUGCAGUCGUCCUACUCGACUAAUGACCUGCCUACUGUCAAAGGCUCGGGGUUUGAUGCGGCAAUCACGCCCCCAAAAACCCACACCAACAGCCUUCACCAGCACAACACUAGUAUGGGACGUAUCCCGGCUGGCGCUGCUCACGCCCAACAGAGUAGACAUUCUCCAGAAUCGGAGAACAAGAAUCGCCAUUCCCCUCAGACCAUGUUGCAGGCGAGUGCCGCUCCCUUUGGACCUCAGCUGGCAUCACCAAUUCCCAAUGGUGGAAUUUCUGGCUCCAGUACUCCAUCCGGCCUUCCAUUUCCCGCCUACAACUAUGGUGGGAUGCCAUCUUAUGGCCAGACUGGUUUCCCUGCUGCCAAUGCCUAUGGGGCCUUCCCAAGUUAUCCCACCAAUGGGUAUCGUGUCAAUGAGCCUGCUACUCGGGUUGCUGGUCAGCGCCGUGGCACAGAGGGAGAUGCAUCUCAGAUGAACCGGUUCACGAACUUUCCUCUGGAACAUUACAAGGGUGGCCUGUACGCUCUAUGCAAGGACCAGCAUGGUUGCCGAUUUCUGCAGCGCAAGCUCGAGGAGCGCAACCCUGAGCAUGUUCAGCUGAUAUUCAGCGAAACUUACAUGCAUGUGAUUGAGCUGAUGACCGAUCCCUUUGGCAAUUACCUUUGCCAGAAACUGCUUGAGUUCUCAAAUGACGAACAGCGCACCGCUUUGAUCAACAACGCUGCACCCGAACUUGUCAAAAUUGCCUUCAACCAGCAUGGAACCCGUGCUCUGCAGAAAAUGAUCGAGUUCAUCUCUACUCCAGAGCAAACCCAGACAGUCAUUAAUGCUCUGCAGGAUCACGUCGUUGAAUUAGUUCAGGAUUUGAAUGGCAAUCACGUCAUUCAGAAAUGCCUCAAUCGCUUGAGCUCCGACGACGCAGAUUUUAUUUACAGAGCGGUUGGUGCACACUGUGUCAUAGUAGGUUCUCAUCGUCAUGGAUGUUGUGUACUGCAGCGCUGCAUUGAUCAUGCAUCGGGGCCCCAGAGGGCUCGUCUUAUUUCCCAGGUCAUCCAGAAUGCUUACCCUCUUGUUCAAGACCCAUUCGGCAACUACGUUAUCCAGUACAUUUUGGACCUUAAGGAUGAUGAUUUCACCCUGCCUCUUUGCAACCUUUUCACCGGCUCUAUUGUCCCUUUGUCCAAGAACAAGUUCAGUUCUAAUGUCAUCGAAAAGUGCUUGAAAGAUGAAGAUGUUGCCCCAAUAAUUAAGCAUGGCAUGAUUGAGGAGAUGUUUCCCAACAAUGAAGUUGAAAAAAUGCUUCGAGAUUCCUAUGCCAAUUAUGUCCUUCAAACCGCCUUGGAUAAGGCCCAGGUGGAUCAGCGCAAGAGACUUGUUGAGAUCAUUCGUCUUGUCCUUCCUUCCAUUCGCCAGACCCCUCACGGUCGUCGUGUCGGCGGUAAACUCAUGAUGCUUGAUACCACUCCUCGCCCCCCUGUCAAUAUGAACAAUGGUGUCCAGAUGCCUUCCCACGUGGACAAGGACUUUACCAUUAGCCCGUCAUCCAAUGGUUUUAAUGGACACAACCUUCCUCCGACCCCGGCCACGAGCUCUACCGCCAACACUCCUCCCAGUGGUCCUGAGUCCGCUUCCAUGUUUGGGACGCCUAUCUCCCCACCUGUCGGCCCCAUUGUCACUCCAGGCCAGGCCCACAACAACUACUUCUAA